AUUAAAAUUUGUAAUAUUUGUAUUGAUUUUCAAAUUUCCGACUAUUGUGAUUGUGCAGUAAUUAAUUAAAAAUAAUAAAACAAUGCGUUUUAGAAAAUGUGAAUGACUUACAAAUACGUGAGUCAAUAAUGGCAUCUACUUACUACAUAUUGAAGUUACUCCAAAAGAAACGUAUGGCUCGCAAACUUCGUAAUCAUUCAAAUAGAAACUUAAUAAAUAGUACACAAACAAUUAAAGACAACACUUCAAGUGAUAUAUUCAGGUGUAGAGUAUGUUUAAAGGAAGGUAGGAUACCAAUAUUUGGCGAUGAAAGUUGUAGAGAUAUUUCCGAAGAUAUAAGUUUAUUUGGUGACAUAGUAAUCACUAAGGAAGAUAGUCAUCCUCAGUACUUGUGUGAUGCUUGUAACGCCUUACUUGAUGCUGCUAUCCUUUUUCGAAGAACUGCUAAAGAAAGUGAAACACUGCUUAUGAAAGGUUUAGAAAAUAAGACUGAUGCACCUUUUGAUGUAGAUAAUUAUGAUCAUGAGAUAAAUUCAGAUGAAGUUCCUCAUAAUGAUGAAUAUGAAACUCAAUUACAACCUGUAAAAUCAUACACCUGUAAGCUAUGUAAGAAGAGUUUUAGAACAAGUGAAGAAUAUUCAAGACACAGGAGUUCCAGGGAACAUAAGAAUGUAAGGAUACAAUGUUCUAUUUGUAACCGUCUGUUAACAGCUCAGCUGUAUAAGAAACACUUAGCUAGGCACCAAACAGCAUCACAUUUGAUAUGUGAAGUUUGUGGCAAGUUGUAUAGAAAAGAUAAUUUAAUAAGACAUUUACAAUUACAUAGUUUUGAUUUACCAUUCCAAUGCCAGGUAUGUCCAUACAGAGGUAGAUUUAUUGAGUCACUCAGGAUACACAUGAGAACACACACUGGAGACAAACCAUUUUCUUGCGACAAAUGCGAGCUUAGAUUCUUGACUCGGAGCAACCUUAAUAGACAUCUACUCACACAUAGGAAAGAGAGGCCGUUCAAAUGCACAGAGUGUGGUCGAGGCUUUUACACCAAGUGUGAUAUGGAUGUACAUUUUAAAUCAGACCAUGUGGGUAUUAAGGAUUUUGGGUGCAGGAUGUGUGGAAGCAAGUAUGGCACAAGAAAAGCACUAAUGAGACAUGAGUUGAGGGUUCAUAAAAGGGACAAAAUGGCUAAAGGAAGAGUGCCGUUAUACUUGCAGAGUGGAUACAGAAAACAGAGUGACGAAUGUGUGUAAAUUUAAAGCUGAACAUGAAAAAUAUAACUGUAGUCCUUAUCAUUGCAUGAAUGACACUGUGUUAUUUGAUAAUCCACUGAUAAUGUUUCUCAUAGCCUAGAUCAUAUUGUGGGUUUUGUUGGUAGUUGGUACCCUAUCUUUUCACAAGUUAGUCUCUCAAAUUAUUUAUACUAUUAUAAAAAAUCUGACUAAAGGUAUUGAAAAUGGGUGGUUUAAUAAAAUAAAAUGAACUUUCA